AUGGCCAACCUGGUUCCAAGGCGAGCAUCGAUGUUUCGCAUGGUAGGUGCACAUUCUCGAGCAUUGUCUUCGUCGUCGUCAGUAUUCUCUCCAUUGAAAUCGAGUGGCAAGUCAGGAGGUCAUAGAGAUACUUGGAAGAUUAGACAUCAGAGUCCAUCGUUAGAAUACCAAGCACAGCCUGUGUUUACGGAGAAUCCAAACGGGGUAAUAGAUGUGACUGAUCCAGUGACACAGAUUCUCAAUCAACCAACACUAGUGAUCCAGCGUCAGAUAGAGUUUAUGAAUCUCUUUUUAGGUUUUGAGCAAGCAAAUAAGUACGUAAUAAUGGAUUCGAUGGGAAAUCAACUUGGGUGGUUGAUCGAAAGGGACUUUGGGAUUACGAAAGCCAUAUUGAGACAGGUGUACAGAUUACAUCGUCCGUUCACAGUGGAGCUAUUGGACAACAAUGGAAAUCUAUUGAUGACCAUCAAGAGGAAGUUUAGUCUUAUUAAUUCGCAUAUUAAGGCAAUUUUGCCCAAUGUCCGCUCGGAUACAGAUCCAGAUGGACUUGUUAUCGGAGAGUCAGUUCAGAAUUGGCAUCUCUGGAGAAGAAGAUAUGAUUUAUUCGAGAGUGUGAUGAGCACGGACGAACGAGAGAAUGAAUCCUUUUUACAGUUUGGAAGAAUCGAUGCGGGAUUACUUAGCUGGGAUUUCCCAGUGAAGAAUAAAAACGGAGAAGUGGUUGGAGCCGUGUCAAGGAACUUUUCUGGAUUGUUUAGAGAGAUGUUCACUGAUACAGGAGUCUAUGUUGUGAGGAUGGACCCAAUUAGUUUCCAAGGUAUGGAGAACUACUAUGGAGCAGUUGCUCCAGAAGCAUUGACAUUGGACGAGAAGGCUGUUAUGUUGGCCAAUUCGGUGUCCAUAGACUUUGACUACUUCAGCAGGCAUAGUCAGGGACCUGGAUUUAUGAUUAUGGGUGGAGACGACGUGUAA